AUGCGUCGAGGAACUUCUUUCGUCCAGCGCGAGCGACUGACUGUUGCACUAUAUGACAGUCAUCGCCUGCCGGACUUCCCAUACACCCGAGCAUCUAGCUCCUUCUCUGCCGUUGUACAAUUGUAUGCCCAAUCAUCACAACUUGAUACCGCAGAAGUGCGGCAUCGGCGUUUUCGUGAUACGCCGCCCUGGUGUCAUUUCGGUUGUGACGCUUUUGAGAGCGUGCACCAUAUUUUUGCUCGCUGCCCGGCCUUCUUCGCUAUCCGUCGAGCGCAUAGCAUGCAACUCUGUGACGAGACCUCUUCAUUACUCGAGGGCGGGGUCGCCGAUCGUGUGCGAAAGGCUUUGGAAGGAGCGGCUCAGCGCGUAUUUUUUGACGACGCAGGGCUUUGGCCACAAUAUCAGACGCGUUUUUACGUGGGUGUGCUACCCACACUUGCGCGUAUUGUGGGCAACAUAAGUGAGACAGAAGUGGGUGUCUUACCCCCACAGUCUCAUGAUAUGGGCAAUAUUGCGUCUAGUUGA